UGCUUCGCGGAAGUGAGAAAUGGAUUUGGAAGCGUUGAGAGCUCGGUUGGAGGUUGACGGCCAAGAGCAUCUUCUGCACUUUUGGACUUCAUUGAACGAUGACGCGAAGCAGGAGUUGAUUGACGAUGUCGAAUCGAUUGAUGUUACACGUAUGGUGUUGAAGUUUCGAGAUACAAUGGAAUUGGUGAAAGGCAACUUGGACGUUUGUUUGGAUGAAAUCAUGAAACCACCGCCGCCAAAGAUAAUUUCCUCUUCGUCGGAUUGCUCUCAAGAGACAUUGGAGAAAUAUAGAAAAACUGCUUUAGAAGCCAUCGCCAAAGGAAAAUUGGCAGUGAUUUUGCUAGCUGGAGGACAAGGCACUCGACUCGGGGUUCCCUAUCCGAAAGGCAUGUUCAGCGUUGGACUUCCUUCCAAGAAAACUUUGUAUCAAAUCCAAGCUGAAAGGAUCAAACGGCUUCAAUUCCUGGCCGAGGAACUGACUGGUGUCAAGGCUAAUAUUCCGUGGUACAUAAUGACGAGUGGACACACGCUCGUUGCCACGACGGAGUUCCUCGCCAGUCACAAUCAUUUCGGCCUGGACCCGUCAAACAUUCUAAUUUUUGAUCAAGGCUUAGCUCCGUGUUUUGACUUAACCGGUCGGAUUCUGCUGGCGACUGAAAGCAAAAUUGCCAAGAGCCCGGACGGCAAUGGAGGAUUGUAUGCGAGUUUGCGAAAAGCCGGGAUGCUGGAUGACAUGGCGUCGCGCGGAGUUGAUUGCGUGCACGUUUAUGGCGUUGACAACUUGUUGGUGAAGGUGGCGGAUCCGGUGUUUGUCGGAUAUUGUUUGGAGCAGGGUGCUGAUUGCGCUGCCAAAGUCGUGGCCAAGGAAAUGGCUGACGAACCCGUCGGGGUUUUCUGCGACGUUUCCGGGAAAUUCCAGGUGGUUGAAUACUCUGAAAUUCUCCCGGCGACGGCAGCCAAGCGGAACGAAGAUGGCACGCUGACGUUCUCUGCGGGGAAUAUUUGCAAUCACUUUUUCACGCUCGAGUUUUUGCAGCGAGUUUGCUCGGUGGAGAAUGAGGAUAAACUGCAGUAUCAUCCCGCGACGAAAAAGAUCCCCUGCAUGGAUCCCCAAACUCACGUUGCCGUUCCAAAACCUCCUGCUCCCAAUGGAAUCAAGUUGGAGAAAUUCGUGUUUGACGUUUUCGCGUUCGCCACCAAUUUCCGACUCUGGCAGGUGAAACGCGAAGAUGAAUUUAGCCCGGUGAAGAAUGCGGACGGGGCAUCCAAAGACACUCCGACGACUGCUCGAGAAAUGCUGUACGCUUUCGAUAAAUCUCUGAUUGAGAAAGCUGGAGGCUCAUUCAAGGACUCUGAACAAAAUCUUGUCGUGGAAAUCUCUCCUUUGACAUCCUACGAUGGCGAGGGGCUGGAGACUCUCGUCAAAGGAAAGGUUUUCGAUCUUCCUUGCAUCCUCUGAGAAAAAAAGAAAUGAGGCAUGCUGUUUUACAUUCCCGGAAACCUCGGAACAAUGAGAAAGUAUUUUUUUUUUUGGCUGCACCUUAUUGACUUUUGAAAGGGGGUGGGGACAAAUCCUUGAUCUUUCACGAGUAUUUCUUGAAAUACAGAGAAAUCUGAAAUCUCUGACGAUGCAGCUCUGCUGAAAAAAAAAGGAAUGGAUGUACGGUAAUUGAAACACUUCGAUGCACAGCGUGAAAUUAUUGUUCUCUUAGAGAAAAAAAAGUGCUUUCAAAACAUUUGCUCAUCGUUGCUCGAAGUGUUGCUUGCUUUCUGAAGAAACAUAUAGUGAAAAAAAGGAGGAAAACGACCGAGGCUGAACACGUGCGUUGCGAAGGAAAGGAAAUCUAUGUUACCAAAAAAAGUGAACAACAGUGCACUCGAUUAUUUUGGCUCUGGUUUUGAUCAGACGCGGU